GCAAGAUAAGAGGCAGGGACAGGGCUGGGCUGUAGUCCAUCCAUCAGUGUACGGAGGAGUGGUGAUUGCAUAUUGGAGUCUCAUGGAGGAAUUCAGCACAGUCCCUUUUUUCAUUUGACCUGACUUGAAGCCAGGACUCCUCCCCUGGUAAUGGGCUCCCUUUUGGCAGCAUUUUUCACAGUAGCUUUGCCAAGUUGUUAGGUGAGGAGGAAGAGCUGGAGGUGAUCUCAGCCCAGUGACUCUCACCAAACAUGAGCGGUGGAGUUAAUAUCAAAGUCAUAUCUCAGAGUCAGAGUGACACAGGUGUCAGCUUGAGUCUGCCUUUACCUCGAAGCAUGAUGCCUCUCUCCAAGAUGGAUCCCAAGCAUCAAUACGGUGGCCUCCCCAAUCCCACUGUGCAGUAUCAGCACACCGCCAAAAGACAGCCUACGUAUUCUUCAUCUUCUGUUUCUCCAGGUCCUGCAGAGCUGCUGAGAGGUACAGCUUUAAAGAACCACCUUCUGCAACAAAAACCUGGCAUGUAUUCUCAUAGAGGCCCAGCAGCUACAGAGCGAACCGAUGGAACGUGCUCGGCGUACAGCAGCCCUCAGAUACCAAAGAGAGAAGUCCCACGCUCUAAAGAUACACUGGACCUCCGCACAAGCACACUGACCCAGAAGGCUUUUCAAGAGCUCCAGUUAAGACAAAACACCAACAAAAACUGGACCUUUGGAAAAUAUCGACUGAGGAAUGUGGACAAUGCAGCUGAGGAUGACGCCUUGUGUCGGCUCUCUGCUAAUGUCCAGUCAGGCCACGGAAGAGGCCGCCUGCUUUAUACUAAAGGUGCAAAUGGAAAUGAGAUAUCAGGGGUGUCUUCAGCUAGAAUGGGCAACAUCCAAAAAGAGGUGAGGAACAUCUCCAACCUGCGAGCUUCCGAAGGAGAGGUGUCCAGGAACAAAUCAAAGUCUUCUUAUCACACAUUCAACAUGCCACGCAGAGGGAGUGAGCCAGGAAAAGUCAACAUGGCUGCUGUUGCUCCCUUCAGGUUCAGGUUUCAGGUCCAUGAGGACACAGAUGCCUCCCUUGAUGAUCUUAGUGACUGUUCCUCUGACUCCAUGGAGGUCUGCUGUGACGAUCUAGACCCUGAAUCCCAGAGGAAGCGGACCGUGCAGAAUGUCCUUGACCUCCGCCAGAAUUUGGAGGAUACAAUGUCGAGUCUGCGGGGCUCCCAGCUUAGUCAUAGCUGUGUGGACAGCAGUAAUGUGGGCUAUGACAGUGAUGAGACCAACGCUCGCAGCAUAUCUAGUCUGUCCAACCGCUCAUCACCUCUCUCCUGGCGCCAUGGCCAGUCCAGCCCUCGUCUUCAAGCCGGCGACGCCCCGUCCUCCACUGGUGGAGGAUACCAGGGGAGUAAGACUGGCUCCCAGUACACGGCACAUACGAUGCCAGCUCGCUGCUCCAGCCGCCUCAGCAGCACGUCUCGCAUUGAGCUCAUCGAAGGGUUGGACAUCGAUGACACUGACCUCAAGUCUGGUUACCUGAGUGACAGUGACCUUCUAGGAAAGAGCCUGCCAGAUGAUGACGACGACAACCUGGCGAAUGGUUGGGAUGAGAGCAGCUCCAUCAGCAGUGGGCUCAGCGACGGUGAUGGCGAUGGCUCAGAGAACCUCAGUUCAGAGGAGUUCAACGCCAGCUCCUCCCUUAACUCCCUCCCAAGCACACCCCUGGGAUCCAGACGCAACUCUUCUGUUAUGCUCCGCACUGAUGCAGAGAAGCGCUCCCUAGUGGAAAGUGGACUUUCUUGGUACAGCGAGGAUGGCAAAGCCAGCCACAAGCUCAAUAGUUGCAGCUAUGACACAGGGAGUCUCAAGACAGAGGCCCCAAGCAAGUGGAGAAAGAAGCCUCCAAGUCUCAGUGAAGAUUCAGCGGGUAAAGGAGAACUGAGGAAGCCUCAAAGUUUGGGUCAACCAGGAAGUUUCAAGAAGGGUCGUAAUCCUCCUAUAGGCGUGACCUCCCCCAUCACCCAUACCUCUCAGAGCACGUUGAAAGUUGCAGCACCUAAAAGUGAGAAGCCGCUGGAUAAAUCCAAGAUUUCCAUCAAAACUGCUGGUCUACAAAGGUCUCGUUCAGAUGCUGGCAGGGAUCAUCAUGGAGAGCACCGCAAGCCCCCGUCAGGUUUGGUUAAACCCACUGCUGGAGCCUCCUUUGGCUACAAGAAACCACCAAUAGCCACCGGUACCGCCACUGUUAUGACAGCAGGGGGCGCCACCAUCUCCAGUGGCUCUGCUACUGUGGGGAAAACCCCCAAGUCAUCUGGCAUUCCUGUGAAGCCUGUGGGAGGAGGAACACCCAUGGGUCGAAAGAACAGUUUUGAUGCCAGCAGUGAGCAGAGCUUCCUGGGGCCAAACGCCCGAAACAGCAUUCAGUACCGCAGCCUGCCUCGACCGGCCAAAUCGAGCACGCUCAGUGUGAUUGGUCGCCCUGCACCUCGGCCUGUCAGCGGUACCAUUGACCCCAGUCUGUUGAGUUUGAAACCUGUGCCCUUGGCCUCCACAGGCCCCAGGGUUAAAGAGCCUAGUAGCUGCAGCAGUAAAAUGGCUAGUCGAACGAGCACAGGCCCGGUGAACCAGACAGACCGAGAGAAGGAGAAGGAGAGAGCUAAAGCCAAGGCUGUGGGUGCUGACAUAGACUGUGGUUCUCUGAAAGGACAGGAGAUUCAGUCCACAGGAGAGUCUGCUGUGAAACUGCACGGCCUGAGACGGACCAGCAGUAGCAAAUACCCUGAACUGUCAUCACCCACCACACCAAGGAUGCUGAACACUAAGUCUCUGGGUCGUCCACCCAGCUUGGCUCACCUGGACAAGGUCAACUCCAACAGUCUUGACUCCUGUGUGACCAUUCAGGACCUCCCGCCCAAAGUCCCCCCAUAUUCCAAGUUGCAGGAUUUAGCUGGUUCCCACACCUCCGCCCGUCUCACCCCCAGCCCAGCGCCUGUGCUCCACAUCGAUUCCCCCGGCUCCUACACCGGUGAAAGCCUGAGUCUGAGCGGAUCGCCGCUGCUCUACCCGAAGCUGUCUGGCAUGCACCGCAGCAUGGAGUCCCUGCCCCUCCAGAUGAGUGUGCCUUCCAGUGCGAGGUUUGUCAAAACUGAGAUGCAUGACAAGGAAGAGAGGGGUACAGGAACCUGGGGGGCUGGAAGCAGGACAUCCCUCAACCUCACAGACAGCUUGCAAACAGACAGAAAUACCUUUCCGAAGAAAGGCUUAGAACGCUAUGGCUCAAGCCUGUCAGAGAGUGAAGGAAGCAAACCGGGAAGGCGCCACUCCCACACCAUAGUCAGCAUGACAGAGAGCGAUAGCCCCCCUCAGCUGCCUUCUCCCACCCGCCCUCUCCACCCCUCCUCCAGCAAGGCUCCUCUCACCAACGUGGUUGCCCCAAUUUCUAGUGGCACACCGGGGAUUUCGCGCUCCAACAGCAUAGGCCCCCCCAGUGAGUCAGCCUGCGAUCUCUAUGGAUCCUCCCCUCUGGGCAGCAGUAUGUCCCUGGCUGACCGGCCAAAAAGCAUGAUGCGGUGUGGGUCUUUCCGUGAACCAGGCGAUGAUGUGCAUGGCUCUGUACUCUCUUUGGCAUCCAAUGCUUCAUCCAACUAUUCCUCGAAUGAGGAGAGGAUACAAGGAGAGCAAAUCCGCAAGUUGAGGCGAGAGCUGGAAUCCUCCCAGGAAAAGGUUGCUGACUUGACCAUGCAGCUUUCUGCCAAUCAGCUAGGCCAGGCUAAUCUGGUAGCAGCAUUUGAGCAGAGUCUGGCGCUGAUGACAGCACGCCUGCAGACCCUGUCAGUCUCUUCGGAGCAAAAGGACUCUGAGCUCACUGACCUGAAGGAUACCAUCGAGAUUCUGAAGGUCAAAAAUACGGAGGCCCAAGAAAUCAUUCACGGGGCUCUCAGUAAUCCAGACAUCACACCUAAAGAACUGCUGAUCAAUCGCCAGAACUCCUCAGAAAGCAUCUCCAGCCUCACUAGCACCACCAGCCACUCGAGUAUGGGUAGUCUUAAAGAGCAAGAGGCCAAGAAAAAGAAGAAGAAGAGCUGGGUCUUUGAGUUACGCAGCUCCUUCAACAAGGCCUUUAGUAAGAAGGGCUCCAAGCCGUCAGGGCCGUAUGCCGACAUUGAGGAAAUUGCCACCCCAGAAUCCUCUGCUCCUUCCUCCCCCAAAGUCCACCAUGAUGGCGAUAACCCUCCAUUGUCAAUUAAAUCCUCAACCUCUGCAUCAUCAUCAGGACUCUGUGAAGGAGGUGAGGUGGCAGAUGAUAAGGUUGUAACAGAACUGCGUACAGAGCUGUGGGAGAAGGAACGUAAACUGACAGACAUCCGCCUGGAGGCUCUGAGCUCUGCCCAUCACCUGGAGCAGCUGCAGGAGGCCAUGACCAACAUGCAGAGGACAGUGGAGAACCUGAAGGCUGAGAACGACCAACUGAAGACAGGUGGUCUGUCCCCCUGUCCUUCUCCUGGACCCUCCAGCUCUGUCUCCCAGUCCUCGGGUCUCACUGCUCUGGGAAGUUCAUCACCUCGACAGUCAGUAGCCAUGCACAUGCCCAAAAGCUACAGCAGAGGGCUGAGUGAGGGGAGCAGCUCAGCAGACGUCCACUCUGCAGAUUCUCUCAGUCUUUCCUCGCAGAGAGAUGAUCACCGUGUUAGGGUGGUGAUUUGUGUUGCAGAUUUACAUGUCUUCAAAGAUGAGGUCAAACAGCAGGAUUUCUUCGUCGGCACUGUCAGGGUGAAUGGCAGGAUGGACUGGCCCAUGCUGGAUUCAGCUGUAAGCCAGGCUUUCAAGGUGUAUAUAGCCAAGGUGGACCCCACUUCCAGUCUGGGCCUGUCUACAGACUCCAUCUACAGCUACAGUAUGGGCCACCUUAAGAGAGUGCUGGGAGGAGAAGCUCCAGAGACACAGCCCUCUCGCUGCAUGUCCAGGGGCCCCAGUGGCAUCACAGUGGCUCUGAAAGGUUUGAAGGAGAAAUGUGUGGACAACCUGGUAUUCGAAACCCUCAUUCCUAAACCCAUGAUGCAACAUUACAUCAGUCUGCUACUCAAACACCGUCGCCUCAUCCUGUCUGGACCAAGCGGGACGGGUAAGAGCUACCUCGCUUCCCGGCUGGCUGAGUACCUGGUGGACCGGAGCGCCCGUGAAGUCACCGAGGGCAUCGUGGUCACUUUCAACAUGCACCGCCAGUCAUGCAAGGAUCUGCAGCUUUAUCUUUCCAACCUGGCCAAUCAAAUCGAUCGAGAAACCAGCACCUCGGAAAUACCGCUCGUAGUUAUUCUGGAUGAUAUUCAUGACCCUGCUUCCAUCAGUGAACUUGUCAAUGGUGCUCUCACCUGCAAAUAUCACAAAUGUCCAUACAUUAUUGGAACAAGCAAUCAGCCAGUAAAGAUGAUAGCAAACCACGGCCUCCAUCUCAGCUUCAGGAUGGUGACCUUCUCCAACAAUGUGGAGCCAGCUAACGGCUUCCUGGUGCGCUACUUGCACAGGAAGCUGAUGGAGUCAGAGGAUGAGAGAAGCUUGACCAAUGAGGACCUGAUCAGGGUUUUAGAUUGGGUGCCCAAACUGUGGUAUCAUCUGCACACCUUCCUGGAGAAGCACAGCACGUCGGACUUCCUCAUUGGCCCCUGCUUUUUCCUGUCCUGUCCAGUCACGGUGGAUGAGUUUCGAUCGUGGUUUAUUGACCUUUGGAACCACUCUAUUAUUCCUUACCUGCAAGAGGGGGCCAAGGACGGCAUUAAGGUCCAUGGACAGAAGGCGGUAUGGGAGGACCCAGUGGAGUGGGUGAGGGGCACCCUGCCUUGGCCGUCUGCCCAGCAGGACCAGGCAAAGCUGUUCCACCUGCCUCCCCCCAGCAUCGGCUCCAGCAGCCCUGGUCAAUCCUGCGAGGAGAGGCCUCACAAGGAGACUCCACCCAGCUCCAUGGAAUCUGAUCCACUGAUGGCAAUGCUUUUGAAACUCCAAGAGGCUGCCAAUUACAUUGAAUCCCCAGACAAAGAAGACCCUAGCCUGCCUAAACUUUGAACACGAAGCUUACACUUAGCACUUCAAAUUUUAUUUUUUUGUCCACUGUAAUGAUGCAGUGCACAUUCAGGAACAAGUGAACCCUCAGAAAUGGUUAUAGGGUGAUUUAAACUGUCAUUCCCGCAGUAGGUUAAAAGUGUAACUCAUCUUAAUACAUACAGUAUUUUCGAGGACUGUUCAUAAGUAUUUGAUGAAAAGCUAUAUUGUAUAACUUUACUAUAUAUUUGACUAGAUGACAUUCACUUCAGUUCACAUCCCUUUACCGCCAUGUUAGCCGUCAGUACUCUUAGAUCGGUGCUACUAGAUCAUUAUGAAACUUAUUGUUUCAGCACUUAGACUUCAGGUGAUUUCUGCAACAGCACACUCCAUCCUAUUUUGUGCUCAAGUGCAUCAUGGGAUAUGGAGUGCUUGUCAACAACAGGAGCCAUUCUCAAUUAUGGUGACUCAUUUUGGAAAAGAGUAUGACAGCAUGACAGAUGCUACUGUUUAUCGCAAAGUUCUUUGGUACAUAUCUACUGUAUAAGUCUUUGAAGGCCAAAUCUUAUACAUAUGCAAUCGCGAACUUUACAACCCAAGCAGGUAAAACAAGUACAAUGCCUUAAGAACAAAGACGUCAAUGUCACCUCAACUUCAGUAGAGUAUACUGGUGCUUUCAUCAAUAUCAUUCCUGCUAAGACGGACAGAAAUCUGUUAUUUCUUCAACUCGCUACAUUAUUUAUUUCAAUUAAUCUUUUUUUUUUUUACAAAAUGAAAUGAUAAAAUAUUCUAGGAUAAAUUAUCAGUAUACAUUUUCACAUAUUUUUACAUCUUCUUUAUCAUUUUUAUGGCUUAUAAGUUGAAAAUUUAAACUUGCUGUCAUACUCUUUUGCAUAAAAAGUUAUUUAUUAGUGAUGUGAGUUCAUCACUUUGUUGCUGCACAGUACCAUAUUUUCCAAGCACUUAAUUUAGUUUUAUGAACUGCUUUAUGUAAAACAAGCAGUGUCACCAAUAUUGCCAUAUAUAUCAGGUAUUAGAUACACAGGGGUAAUAUAACAUAAACGCCCUCUGAUUAAACAGAUUGAGCAAAUGCUAUUUGAAUCCAGAUUUCGAUUGUGAAUUCAGAUUUUUUUCUAUAACAUUUAUCUAGGAAAGUGUACAUUUGUUUCAAAUCUUUCCCCACAUAUUCCGAAUACUUACUGUAUAUAUUAUGUACAUACAAUCAGGCUACAUUGCAGUUAUUUUAUCUAUAUUAGUUGGUGCAAAUAUCUAAUAUACUGAACCAAAUACUGUACUUUUAAUCAUGCAUAUUGACUGUCAAGUUAGGGGUUUAAGUUCAGCUAUGAAUGUAUAGAAAACACUUAUAAAACAAACAUUUAACAGUAUCAAUCAUCUAUUAGGUGCUUUUAAAGGAAGCCUUAUCACAGAGCUCCACUGCAAAACACUUUUGACAAUGGCUGAGUAGAAUGACUUUAAAGCUACCUAUGCCCAUUUUAUUUGCAAGAGUUCAUGCUCUUUACAAACAUAAUAAAAAAUCGUAAUGUCACUCAUGCUUAUUAUCAUCAUUUAGGUAUGUAUGGUGCUCUUUAACAAUGUCCCGAACUGUUGUAGUGUUGAAUAAAGAUCUUGUAGACUUUCAGGGUAGGUUAGAGUUUUGUGUCAAAUGCUAAAGAAAUGUGAAAUAGAUCUGGGAGAUCAUUUCUGCUAUUUUUAGGAUUAGUGUUGUUGAAGAAGUGUUGAAGACAUUACGUAAAAACAGUGAAGUCUGGUGUACACCCAUGUCGAUGUCGUAUGGUAUUCAUAUUUGAGAACAUUUUGGGUACACGACACAGUAACAAACUGAUUAUGGAGAGUAUUUGAUCCAUGACAAGAGUAAAAAGCAAAAGACACUUUUUAAGGUACUUUGUGUAGGUUUUUGUAAAGAAGCCCUAAUGGAGUAAAUGACAGACAAAGCACGGUUGUGCAAGUGGUGCCGAAAUAAUUCACCUGUUCAUCCCAAGCUGUGUCAUUGUUCAGGUGCUCAGACUAAACUUCACAUGUACAUAAAGCUUGUAAAUGAAUGUCAGACCACUUUUAUGACAGCUUCAUAAGAAAGUUUAACAUUUAAAAUAGUGUCUGAGCUGCUUAUUGCUUCGUUAUUGCACUGUUUGCAUAAGGCUGAUAACAAAACUUCAAGCUAAUCCGCAGCUCUGAUUGGUCACCUGUAAACUAAAAAAUGAAUGAGUUAAAGACAUUAAAGAGCAAAAAGAUGCCAAAUGGCCAGUGACUCUCACACUGGUCAUAUGCUAAAUGAGAAUAAUUUCAGUUAUUGUAAAUAUUUCAGGUAUUAGGAUUAUUACCAACCCCACCCUGGUCUGUUUCUGCAGGUCAACAAAAGCCAUUAGCUCGAGCUUCUCAUCUCAUUCACUGGUUGUUGUGUUGCUCUGUAGUAGCUGUGAUUUGUGUUUGCUUACUAGUGUAUCAGGACUAUGCAGCAACUUCUACUGGUGUUGGCAAUCAGCAAACGUCUGAACUUCACGAGCAAAUGCAGUGUGUUUUCAUCUGGUCUGUCUUUAAGUUCUUAAUUUGGACCAAAUUACAUCACAAGAUAAAAGUGGAGGCUUGUUUUAGCAGGUGAAACUGAGCCUUAAAGAGAGGAGGAUUAGUUUGGCGUUGCAUUGAGAACAGGGUUCAUAGAUGUAGUUAAAGAAAUUAAGCUGUUUGGAAGCUGUUUCAUGUGUUUUGUCCUUAUGAAUGGCAACAAAAGUAUCAUAACUGGACUCAAAGGAUGAUAAACAAAAAAGGAAAAGAUUAAAAAUCAAAUUAUGAGACUGAAAUAGUUGGCAAGAAUAAGCACUUCACUGUUUGCAUAGUUGAUUAUAGAAGUAGAAUCAUACAAGAUAAAGAGAUCAAUCUGAUAUCUUAGGCCAAUACAGGUUGCUGAAUAGUCAUAUUUUUGCAAAGCUUGUUGUGGACUAAACUAAGAUUUAAAAAAUAAUGUAAUGCAGUAUCUAAUGUCACUGACGUGCAAAUGUUAAGGGUUUCUAAGUGUUGUAAAUGCAUGUAAACUUGCUGUGUGAUGAGAAAAACGUUAACAUUAAUGUAUUGUUUAGGAAACUCAUUCUAGAUAAUGUUUUUCCCUUUUUAAUACUCAGAUAUUUGCUAUUUCUUUUUUUUCUAAAGAAUCCUUUGUAAAACUUCAUUUCUCUAUUUUGUACAGGACAUCAUUGUAAAGAUUGUAAAUAGGUCAGCAUUCUGGAUGCGGCAACAAUCAUUUAGGAGAGUUAAAAAAAAGAAAUCAUCCUUGAGAGAAAGGUAUAUUUCUUCAGAGUUGGGUCCAAUACAUGGAUAAGGCAUGUUUCUGAAGGCUUUCAUCCACCUAUCACUGGUUGUUGGAAUCAAUAAAAUACAUGUUAUAUUUA